AUGACAAACAAAAGGUCAAUUCGUUGUCAUCAACGCGUUGAUAACGCAGAGGCAGCAGCCGCUUCCUCCCCUUUGCCAUCUUCAUCAUCUUCACCAACAAUCGCUGAAAAAUUGAGCUUAGCAAAAAGGUUGGAUGAGCUAAAAACAUCAGUAAAAGAUCAAGAGCAUCUAUUAAAAAAAGAGAAAGAAAGUCCGUUCGUUAAAAAAUUUUUAGAAAAAAUUAUUAACGAAUAUUCAGACAUAAAAACAACUUUGAUGAUACCAGAGUUGCUGGCACCUGCUAUUAAAACGAGGGCGCAAGGAACUCCCAGACCUCAAAACGCAUACAUUUUAUUUCGCAAAGAUGUAUCAAAAGGGAUCUAUCUGUUGAAUCGAGAUUGUAUGUCUAGAGAGGCAAGGACCGUGACUUACUCAUCUAAGAUUGCUGGAUUUCUAUGGGGGGUAAUUAAAUCAUCACGACAUGAACAUGAUUUUUGGACGACAUUAUACCAAAUCGCAUGUUUAAAACAUUCAGAGACUUAUCAAAACUACGUAUACCGUCCCAUUAGGAAGAAACGUAAUAAUAGUAGUAGUAGUCAAGCUACUGAAAAUCGACAGUCACCUACUGUUGCAACUAUAGAGACAACUACUUCAUCAAAUCACCCGCCUACAAGUUUAAUUAUUACGCCAGAUUUUAAUGAUGUUCCAUCCUUCAAUUGUAAUUUUGUUGACCAACAUCAAGCGUCCUAUAUGCCGGAUCUAGGAAUGUUCAUCAAUCAACAAAUGUAUGCUCAACCACAAUAUCCAGUAAUUUACCAACCAUCCGGGAUAAUGAUGCAGCAAGAUACGACAACGGCGCAAUUCGAAUUAGUGUCUGCUGCGCCACAAUUUGUGGAAACCACGGUUUGGCAUUCUACUACUUACGCAGUGAGCUAUCAACAAACGUCAUCACAAUAUUACCAACAAUUUGCAAAUCCAUCUUUCCUACCAGCACAGCAAAUUGUUCCAUCACAUGAGGAUUUGGUCUUUCUAAGCCAACUAGGGAUCGAUCCUUUCUUAUUGAACUUCAACCCACAACAAUCAUUUGACAUGUAG